CGCACACACGCUCACAGUGAUCAGGAUGCUGGCAGAAAGCGUGAUGAGGAUCGCGUCUCUGUGGAUUUUACUGCUCUGCUGCGGCUUCGGAAGCGGCUACAGGAAGCAGCACCUGGAGGAUGAGGACGAGGAGCGGUGGCCGGAGAGCGUGUCCCGGGCGAGGUGCGCGUCCCGCUGCUUGAGCCUGCACAGCGUGGCGGCGCUCUCCACACCUCUGCAGAAUAAUGGAUCCUUGGGCUGGUGUCAUGACCACAAACUGUGUGCGAAGUGCCUGGAGCCGUGCAAAGCAUCUUGGGACAUGAAGAGGAAGAGCAGCUGCAGAGAGAUGUGUGAGCGGGCGUUUCCCAGGAGGCCGUGGGAGUGUGUGACCAGCUGCGAGUUCCUGCAGGCAGUGCUGGCGGUGAAGCAGGGCGUGUGCCCGCCCCCCUACAGAGCCAGCGGCUUCGCGGCGGCCUGUGUCGAGAGCUGCGAUCGGGACGCCGAGUGUCCGGCUCAGAAGAAGUGCUGCUCCAACGACUGCGGACACACCUGCCAGACCCCCAAAGAUCUCUACAAGGGCGUUCCUCUGAAGCCGAGGAAGGAGCUGAGCUUCCAGGAGCUUCCGUCGGGCCGGCUGGACGUCCGCUGGUCGUCCCGCUUCAACGUGUCGGCUGAGCCCGUCGUGCACGUCCUCCAGAGGAGGUGGAACUUUGGCAUCCAGCCCAGCGAGGACAGCGCCACCCCCUGGCAGCUGGUGGCACAGACCACCGAGCAGCGAGUCCGGCUCUCCGACAUCCGGCCCGGCCGCUGGUACCAGUUCAGAGUGGCCGCUGUUAACACUCACGGAACCAGAGGUUUCACCACACCCAGCAGACACAUCCACGCCAGCAGAGACCCGUCCAGCCCCCCCGCCCCCUCCGAGCUCAGAGUGGCCAACAUGAGCUUCGGUCCGGGCCGGACGGUGAGCGCCCGGAUCCAGUGGAGCGUCCCCGCGGACCUGGACGUCCCCGUGCACCACUACAAGCUGACCUGGAGCUGGACGGCGGCCGGACACCCCGCCGCCUCGUCCCUCACCAAGAGGAGGAAGACGGUCCGAGAGAGCCAUGUGGACCUGGACAGCAUGAGGGCCAACAGGAGCUACAGUGUGGAGGUCCAGGCUGUGUCCUACUGGGGACAGACCCAGCUCAGAGGACCGAGAGCCGUCCUCCACUUCAGCACGCAGCGGGCCAUUGGCGCCGCUCCGUCAAAGCCUGCAGGAGCCAUGGUGGACGUGGGGACGCCCUUCUACCAAGACGGACAGCUCCGAGUUCACGUCUACUGGCAGAAAAGCAGCGAUCCUUCGGUGGAGUCGUACCGCGUACAGUGGGGACCAGAGCACUGUGCACACAACCAGAGCCGAGCCGUGGACAAGGUCAUGGAGAAGGAGAGCUUCCUCCACCUGCAGGACCUCCUCUUCUCCUGUCAGUACCGGGUGAUCCUGCUGCCGCUCAGUCAGAAGACUCGUCCUGCGGCUGAGAGCGCCUCCUUUUUCACGCCGUCUUGCCUCAGCAUCCGGGCCAAAAGUCCCAAACCCAUCGUCUGUCCCGGAGAGCCAGCCGUCUUCUCCGAGAAGGUUUUGGCCAAAGCAGCCAACCUGAGCGCCGCCUUCGAGGUUCUGGGGAACAACGUGAGCGCCGUCUUCAGCUGGUCGCAGGCUCCGCCCCUCCAGCAGCUGUCCGGCUACCAGGUGACGUGGACGGAGGUCGUCCCCACCAGCCGGCACAACGCCAACAGCAAGCGGCCUCACAGCCUGAUCUCUCAGUCCCAGAUCCUCCCGGCGGAUGCCGGCGUGCUGCGGGUGUCGGGCCUGCAGCCGGACAGCGUGUACAAGCUGGAGGUGCAGACUAUCACGGCAGAUGGCGAGGGUCCCACCACCAGCAGAACCUUCCAGACUCCUGCCUACCAGAUCGUCCACAAGCACAAAUCCAGGCUGAGGAAGUAUCAGCACAAAGUGCCCAUCAUUGAGAGGCACUGAGUCCACGUGGAGGACCUCCUGCAUGAACCUGGACCCCCAAAAACUCAGGACAACGGACAACCAGCUGAGCAAAGAUGGAAGAAACCAGCUUUACCGACUGCUUCCUGGUUUAUGUGAUUGAAGGUGACGUUCACAUCCUAAAGCAGAGCUCUGCAACCUGCAGUCAGGAGUGGCUUCACAGCCAACCAAAAGGGAAAACUGGUCAAGUAUCUGAAACUUCUUCAGAUUUUAAUCGUUCUUAAAGCAGCUCCAUGUGGAUUUCUUCUUUUCUCUGAACUUGCAGAUCUCUGGUUUGGUGAAGGAGUUUUACCGUCCUCUCACUCUCUGGUUGCCGUUUUUUGUUCCAAAUGAAUUUUUUUCCAUCCGUGUUUAAACUUGAUCUUGAUUUGCACUUUGUUAGAAAACAGGAAACUCGACAACUGCUCAUAGGAAAACAUAUAUUUACCUUCUCUCUGCUCUCUAGUAAAGAAAAACCUCAAUGAUUGACUCAAACUGCGGAGGACAAGAUCGGAUUUCACAGUUCUCCAAUUUUCGGAGUUCUACAAUUUGAAUGAACUCUUUCACAACUUGUGAAAAAUACAGAAUUUACUCUGCAGUUUAUCAUACUUCAAGAAUUUGUCUUCUGUUGAUUUUUUUCAGGUUGAGAGUUUCUGGAAUAGUUCUAAUAAAAGGUGUUGAAAUGCUUUCCCUCUGAGGAUUUAAGGUGGAAAUCCAACAGUAGAUUGUUUUUUCAAGAUGGAAGUUCAACAUUAGAUCCUUUUUUUGAUUUCCAGUGAAAAUCCAGACUUUACCCUUCAAGUUCAACACAUUUUAGCACAUUUAGUGAAUCUAAACUCUGAUUCAGGCAAAACUUUAAAGUG